UGGCUAUUUACUAGGUACAGUCUCAUCAAGCCUUCAGUCUUCUUCUUCCUUUAGUAUAUCUUUUUCCUUCCAAAUAUUCUCUACACUGGUCAGCACUUUCAGUACUGGCCAUGUUACCUCUGUAUCUGGCUUCCUUUCUCCUCCUUGGACUCUUUAAUUUCUUAUCAAUUUCUCAUUCCCUCCAUGAACUCCAGAAACUAGAACAACCCAAUUUGCUUCACAACCAGCUGUGCCAUGAAAAAUGUGGACAACUUCAACUACCAUUUCCAUUUCACUUGAACAAGUCUUGUAGUUCAGUCUCUGAUGCUUUCCAUCUCUCAUGCCUAAACUCAACUGCCCUUUUCCUCAACAUUGGUUCCGAAAGCUACCGGGUGCUAGAAUUCUUCUCUGAUGGUCUACUAGUGGACUUUCCGGGCUCAUCUUCUUGCCGUCAGUACAAUGACUUGAACUCCUUUGAUUUCUUGGGAAAUGACCACUUUGGUGUCUCAGUUGAGAAUGUAAUUGGUUUGUAUGAUUGUGAGGACUCUUCUCUGUGCAAGACAGAAUGUGAAACAAAUGAUUUGCCUGGUUGUGACGGCAAUGUGAAUGGUUCUCCUGCUUGCUGUUACCCUCUCUCUGAUCAUAGUGUGUGGCAUUUCGGCGAAAAGUUUUCGGUGUUUUCCAAGUUUGGAUGCAGAGGAUUUUCCAGUUGGGUUGUUCAAAGAGGGUCCAACUUGGGAAAACGAGGGGUAAAAUUGGAAUGGGCAGUACCAAAGAACUCAUCCAAGGGAGUUUGUGCUAGCAAUGCUUACAUUACCAAUGCCACAGUGGUUGAAGCAGGGGUGAGGUGCAUCUGUGAAGAUGGUUUCCUUGGAGAUGGCUUUGCAACUGGGGAAGGAUGCAUCAAAUCCUGCAUCAAGGACAGAAAGGAAGCAUAUGGGAAUGAUUGCUUGAAGAAAAAGCGUGGUGGGAAAAAACUUGUAAUUUUAGCUGGAGUUCUUGCUCCAGUUUUCAUCGUAGCCUCCUUGAUUGCACUGUUGUGUCUACUAAAGCGUCCUGCUAAACCGGGGACAUUUGAUCCUGCUCAGAAACCCCACUUUCAAAGCACCAUAUCAUUCCGGAAAGCUUGUAGGACCCGGCUAUUCACUUACCAUGAGCUAGAGGAAGCUACCAAAGGAUUCGAAGAGGGUCAGAAACUUUUAAGUGGAAAUAAUGGCACUAUCUUUGCUGGGGUUCUAGGGGAUGGAUCGCACAUUGCUGUGCACAAGGUAGAAUGUGAGAAUGAAAAAGACCUUAUUCAAGUCCUAUCACAAAUCGAGGUUUUAUCUGCUGUUCUACACCGGAAUAUAGCCCGAUUACUUGGAUGCUGUAUUGACUUGGCCUACACUCCACUACUAGUAUACGAAUAUCCUGCAAACAGUACCCUCAAGGAACAUUUACAUCAGAGAGGAGGACAAAAUGUUGCUCUUGACUGGUACAAGAGGCUGAGCAUUGCUGCUGAAACAGCUAGUGUUCUUGCCUUUUUGCAGUAUGAGAUUUCUCCUCCCAUUUUCCACUGUGACCUCAAAUCUGCUUACAUUUUCAUUGAUGAAAACUUUUCCAGUAAAGUUGCUGGGUUUGGGCUACUGAUUUCAAGUCUUGGAGAUGGUUCUCAGUCACACAACCAUGAAGAUUCGCGUUUUCACAAAAACGAUGUGUAUGCUUUUGGUGUCAUGCUUCUUGAGAUUAUUGCAGGCUCAAAUUGCUUGGACUUGCCUACAUUAGCCCUGCAAAAGAUAAGGAGUGGCAAGCUAGAAGAGAUAGUGGAUCCACAUCUUUACUAUCACGAGCAACCUUCAUAUAGGCGUGAGCAGAUAGAGAUUGUUGCAGACCUUGCCAUGAGGUGCCUGUUGUUUGGUGGAGAUGGAAAGCUGGGAAUGUAUGAUGUUGCCAGGGAACUAGUACAUAUUAGAAGAGACAGCAGUGAUGGAGGUAGCAAGAGGGGGCCUGCACUAGAGGAAACAUUUUCGAACUCCAGCCUACUUCAGAUGAUAUCCAUGUCUCCUGAUUCAACAUAUGUGCCUUGA